AUGGAGAAAGAUGCGCAGGCCGCUGAAGCUCUAGCUGCAACCUCAACCGGCAAGGCCGCGCUGGACUAUGCAAUUCAGGCAGCCGAGCUCUAUAUGCGAGCUGCGAGCGUUACUUCUAGCAAGCAGGAUGCUGCUCGCUUUCGCCAGAGAUGCAAAGCGCUCAUCGCGAAGGCGGAAAAGCUCAAAACGCAGCUUCCCAAAGCGCCACCCGAACGCAAUGGAUCCGACAUCUUGCGCCAAUCGUCGCUUUUGCAUGGAAAUGAGUUCCCGCCAUGGGAUGAAGACCCGUCCGAUGCUGAGUUCCAGCACAAAUCGGGACAGCAGCUGUUCACCGACGAGACACGAUUCAGCCUGUCGCCAAUCCAAACUGAGAAUUUUGCAUCAUGGCAGAGGCCACAGGAUUUACACGAUUUACCUGUUAAUAGCGACCUGGAAGCCCUCAUGAGACCCUCCCAGAGUUGUAACUUGGUUCAAGACGUAACUACAGACUGCUCUGUUGUGGCUAGCCUUUCAGCGGCAAUUGAUAUGCUGACGGGCCCGCAUUCGGUGCUCUCUUCCAUCAUUUACCCAUUCGACCAUGAUAACGGCCACCCCAAGAUAUCGGCCUCUGGAAAAUAUGUAUUUCGCAUGAAUUUCAACGGUUGCUGGAGACGUGUUGAGAUAGAUGACCGACUGCCCGCCUCGAGAACCGAUAGGACCCUGUUCGUGGUGGAUAGACGAAAUCCCCGACUCAUCUGGCCAGCGCUCCUGGAAAAGGCCUAUCUCAAAGUACGUGGCGGCUACGACUUCCCAGGUAGCAACUCUGGCACCGAUCUUUGGGUACUUACAGGCUGGAUCCCCGAACAACUAUUUCUCCAAAGAGAAGACUUCGAUUUGAGCACAGCUUGGAGGAGGAUCAAGGCUGCCCAUGAGACACAGGACGUGGUAGUCACUCUUGGAACCGGUCGCAUAUCUGCGGAGGAGGAAGAAGUCAUGGGUUUAGUUGGAGAGCAUGAUUAUGCCGUUCUCGAUAUGGACUGCUCUAACGGUACACGAAAACUACUGAUUAAGAACCCGUGGUGCAACGGACCCGUGUGGACGGGCGCGGGCUGGUCCACGCCGCAAAAGUCCCCGAGGGCCGAGAUUGGCCAGGACGGAGGCAAAUCUAGCCACAAACCGGAGUUAUCCUCUUCCGGCACACUAUGGGUUGCAUUCGAGGACGUGGCACAACAUUUCGAAUCCAUGUACUUGAAUUGGAAUCCGAAGCUUUUCCCGCAUCGUCAAGAUCGACACUUCAACUGGAGCACACCACCAAAGCACCUCGCCGCAUCGCUGGUUCGCAAUGUACAGCACUCCAUUACUUCCCUCAGAGGUGGCCUUGUCUGGAUGCUAGUCAGCCGCCACUUUGUCGACCAAGAGCUGGUCAUGAUGCGGCAUCGCCGGGGCUCCAUGGCCGCGGUUGCCGAGCAGCUUGGGUACAUGAGCAUUCUCAUCUUCGAAACUAACGGCAAAAGAGUACAGACUAGUGAGGACCAGCUAUAUCGCGGGCCCUACGUCGACUCACCACAGACUCUGGCCCGAUUAGAGACAGAGCCGGGCAAACGAUACACCAUUGUCCUGGAUCAACAGGAACUGCCGCUAAAGAGCUACAACUUCACCCUCACCGUCUUCUCUGAGCUUCCCGUUGAAUUACGUGAGGCGCAAGAAGAAAUGUCACAUUUUCAAGAAGUUGAGGGCACAUGGACUCGACGUACAGCAGGAGGCAACUCAUCUCUCUCCACCUACUUCAUCAACCCUCAGUAUAAAAUCUCUACGACACAAAUUGGGCCCAUAUCCAUUCUACUCAUGACGGGCGACCAAGACGUACACGUUCACGUCGACCUCGUCUGGGCAUCCGGUAAGCGAGUGACGUCUAUUCGCGUCAAGGAUCUAGUGGGAACAUCCGGAGAGUAUAGACAAGGAUGCGCCGUUGCCAACAUAGCCAAACUUGAUCCCGGCAUCUAUACCUUGGUUUGCUCAACUUUUGAAGCGAAUCAGACUGCAAACUUUGCCCUCAGAGUAUCGUCCACCUCGGACGUUGAACUAGAGUCCAUCCCGGCCGAUGCAGCUGGUCGUCUGCGCAAAUCCCUCACACCGCUAGUGCUCACCGAACGAGAGGAGCGGAUGCGUGCCCAAAUCCGGGUUUCCUGGCUCACCCGAGGCAGCGUCUGCAUUCGAAGCGUCGGUCCCAAGAACGCCAAAGACGAGGUCAUACGACAGCCGUCCUCGCUCAUGAUCCGAGUCUAUCUCGCGCACGGCUGGGGUCCCGAGCAGCUCGUCAUUGCUGAGUCGGGUGAUGGCGAUUUUGUCGAGUCCACAGCUGCACUACGAACGCCAGAAUUUGACCUUGAGCCGGAGCGGACACACUCGGGACAGAUGUGGCUUGUUGUUGAGACGAUUGGAGUUCAGAACACCUCUACAUCCCUUGAAAUGGAUGUUUUCAGCGACUCACCCGUUCAAGUUGGUUCAUGGCAGAGCUGGUGA